CUCAUCAUGUAGUUCACAGAGACACACUAAAACUAUAAAAAAAAAAAAAGAGAAAAGAAAAGAAAAGAAAACCCCAUAUUUUAUAUUUUUAGCUCUUAUUCCAACCAUCCUUUCCUUGUUUCCUUGUUUCAAUAUCUUUCUCUAUGUUCGUUUAUGGUGUUUCGUGUAUGUUCUUGAUUUGUCUACGUUGGUGGGUCGUUUUUCCUUUUUUCUUUUCUUACUUUGGUGUUUUUUGUGGUUUGGGGGGGAAUAAAUAUGUUGGUGGGUCUUGAACUACUUUUUUGCACUCUCACUAAAAACAAAUCAAUGUCAUCUAAACAAUAAAGCUUAUUGUUUUGUUUUAUCUCUGGCUUGUUUGAACUGGGGGAGGGUGUUAAUCCAUUUGGGUCAUCCUUUAUUUUCCUUUAACUUGUUCAGAAAAUGUACUUUCUGUGACUCUAAGACAGGCUAGCAUGGAUCUUGAAGGUGUAAUCCGUAGUCAUCCAACCAAGAAAGAUUCAUGGAAGACAGUGUUAACAUUGGCUUUUCAGAGCUUAGGUGUUGUCUAUGGAGAUUUAAGCACUUCUCCUUUAUAUGUGUACAGAAGUACUUUUGCUGAGGAUAUUCACCUUUCAGAAACUAAUGAGGAAAUAUAUGGUGUUUUGUCUUUUGUGUUCUGGACAAUUACACUUGUGCCACUAUUCAAGUAUGUGUUUAUCGUGCUCAGAGCUAAUGAUAAUGGUGAAGGUGGGACUUUUGCUUUGUACUCAUUGCUAUGCCGGCAUGCCCGAGUUAGCUCAUUGCCCAAUUGCCAGCUUGCCGAUGAGGAGCUGUCUGAGUACACCAAAGAUGGGAUUGAGUCCAAUAAGAGGAAUAUUGGGUGGAGAUUGAAGUUGACAUUGGAGAAGUACAGAGUGUUGCAAAGGUUACUGCUUGUUCUGGCUUUGAUUGGGACUUGUAUGGUUAUUGGGGAUGGGGUGCUUACACCAACAAUUUCUGUUUUUUCUGCUGUGUCAGGGAUGCAGUUUCCCUUUCCAAAAGAGCAGCACAGAUAUUUUGAAGUCCCAGUUGCUUGUAUCAUACUGGUCUUCUUGUUUGCUCUCCAGCAUUAUGGGACCCAUCGGGUAGGGUUCCUUUUUGCACCUAUCGUGAUUACAUGGCUUUUAUGCAUCAGUGCUAUUGGUGUUUAUAACAUCUUCCGUUGGAAUCCAUAUGUUUAUCAAGCACUCUCUCCAUACUACAUGUACAAGUUUUUGAAGAAGACACAAAGCAAAGGUUGGAUGUCCUUGGGUGGAAUACUCUUGUGUAUAACAGGCUCAGAAGCUAUGUUUGCUGAUCUUGGACACUUUUCACAGUUGUCAAUCAAGAUUGCUUUUACCUGUAUUGUUUACCCUUCCUUAAUCCUAGCAUACAUGGGACAAGCUGCUUAUAUUUCUAAGAAUCAUCAUGAUUAUGGAAAAGCGCACCCAAUUGGAUUCUAUGUCUCUGUACCUGAUAAAAUAAGAUGGCCAGUUCUGGUAAUAGCCAUACUUGCAGCAGUGGUGGGAAGCCAAGCCAUCAUCACUGGAACUUUCUCCAUAAUCAAACAGUGUUCUGCUUUGGGUUGCUUUCCAAGGGUCAAACUUGUCCACACAUCAUCUAAGAAGCAUGGACAAAUAUAUAAUCCAGAGAUCAAUUGGACAUUAAUGCUGUUAUGCUUGGCUGUUACCAUUGGUUUCAGGGACACUAAGCGCAUGGGAAAUGCAGCAGGUUUGGCAAUUAUAACUGGCAUGCUUGUUACCACCUGUCUAAUGUCUCUUGUUAUAGUCCUAUGCUGGAAUAGGAGUAUCUUCCUGGCCAUUAGCUUUAUAUUCUUCUUCGGCUCCAUUGAAGCACUCUACUUCUCAGCAUCGCUCAUCAAGUUCCGUGAAGGAGCUUGGGUGCCCAUUGCCCUCUCAUUUAUCUUCCUAAUUGUUAUGUAUGUUUGGCAUUAUGGCACACUCAAGAAAUAUGAGUUUGAUGUUCAAAACAAGGUAUCCAUUAACUGGCUACUCGGUCUUGGUCCUGGUCUUGGAAUUGUGCGGGUUAAGGGGAUUGGUCUAAUUCAUACUGAGCUUGUUUCUGGGAUCCCAGCUAUUUUCUCUCACUUUGUCACCAAUCUCCCAGCUUUCCACCAGGUUGUAGUCUUUCUCUGCAUCAAAUCUGUCCCAGUGCCACAUGUUAGGCCUGAUGAAAGGUUCUUGGUGGGAAGGGUUGGCCCAAAGGAGUACCGGCUCUAUAGAUGCAUAGCACGCUAUGGAUAUCGUGAUAUUCAAAAGGAUGACAAUGAGUUUGAAAAGGAUCUUGUUUGUAGUAUUGCUGAAUUUAUCCGGUCAGAAAGACCGGCUGCACGUGUUGUGGGAACGGAAGAUACGGAGAAUGGUGAAAAGUUGACAGUUGUUGGGACUUCAUCAUCAAAUUUAGAAGGUAUUAGAUUGUGUGAAGAUGAUGGAAGCAUUUCAGAAAUGGUAGAUGCUUCUGAGUUGAGGGAGAUUAAGCCCCUGGAAAUGCCUAGGAAGAGAGUGAGGUUUGUUGUGCCAGAAAGCCCACAGAUUGAUUUGGAUGCAAGACAGGAAUUAAGGGAACUGAUGGAAGCAAGAGAGGCAGGAUUGGCAUUCAUAAUGGGGCACUCAUAUGUAAGAGCAAAGAAAGGAUCUAGUUUGAUGAAGAAAAUUGUGAUUAAUUUUGGUUAUGAUUUCUUGAGGAGAAACUUUAGGGAGCCAACUUUUUCUUUGAGCAUUCCUUAUGCAUCCACACUAGAGGUAGGGAUGAUCUACUAUGUUUAAUUGUGAUUAUCCAGUAUAGCUUUGUAUUUUGUGUUUUUCUGUUCUGCAUUUGGGUCAUUGUAAAUGGUAGAUCAAAGUGCUUGUUUUCUAUUGCCCUCCCCCUCCAAAUGCAAGGGCAAAGUGCUUAUGAAUCUAAGGUUUGACUUACAUAUGGCAAACCAUGUAUGGAAGACCGGCACAACCAUUUUGCA